AUGAAACAUUUGACGAUAGCAGCGGAAAGCACAACCACGAACGCCGGAGGAGGGAGACCGGAGUCGGUGGCCACAGUCCAUCCGAUCGGUGGGACAGCAGCAUCCGCAUCAGCACCUGACCCGGUGGCAGCUGCACACCAAGGAGAAAAACCCAAGCCGAGUGGCUCGCCCAGAGUGGCGGUGCCUAAGCGAAAGCUUGAAGACGCUUCCGCUCCCGCAAGCGGAGAGCUAACACAAUCCCACAAGCGGAAAUCAUCGAAGAACGUCAGAGAGCGGCCGGCACAGACAGGAGCAAUAUCGCUAGCGGCGGCAUCUGCGAAAACGGUGGGGACGUCUGUGGCCGCUGCGGCAGCGACGAGCCCAAAAACCCCCUCUACCGACCCAACAGUGACGCAAGUUUUUCCUACCCUUGGUCUGACUCCAGCGUCUGUAAACACCGCCUCAGCACCUGUGCUGGGCGCACCGAGCGGUGACCCCGCAGUCCUCCACAUGCUGAGCCCUUCCCGGCCGGAUCCGGGGACAGCCGGUGGUGACUCGGUAGCACGAGCAGGUAUUGCUGUACCAGCGGCAGCGCUGGGAGUUAAGCCGCCAACCCCGAUGCUGGCGCAAGACCCCCAACCGGUAGUUCUGCUUUCGAAAGAUGGAGUCCAUGCUUCAGCUGGAGGAGGGCCAGCGUUACCAAGAGCAACAGACGUGCAACCUACCGGUCUCCCAUCGGCGCACGCUCCCGUCGGAGAUCUGGGGUCAGCACUUCUAGACUCAAGCGCGGCAGUGGCAACAACGGCAGCGACCGGGACGGCACCGCCGACGGUUGACGUGACGGCCGCGCCCAUCACUCAGAGUAGUUCUUCUCUGGCGCCGGCUUCCGCAACGCUUGAAAAGGCUUCAGCAGGGGCAGCAGCAGGGAGCACAUCAUCGGCGGCACCCUUGCAUGUUUCUCAUGGUCGUCCCCCGCCAGCGACGGCAACGCCAGUUGUAGAGACGGCGCCACCUUCGUCAACAGCGGCAUCGGCGGAAUCAGAGGCAGCGCGAAACGUCACAACCCCUGCUCUGCUGUGGUCUCACGGUAUGCUCGCGUCAGAUGAAAGCUCAGGUAUGCCAAGGAAGGCCUCGGGUAGAGAAGGGUUAACAGCACCACCAGCAACAAGCGUUGGACCCCAAGCCCCACACGUGGUGCAAGGCGUUUCUGUGCAGGGUGGGAAUUCCACCGUUUUGGACGUUACCGCAGGAGCACCAGCGGCUGAGGCAGAUCCAAGCGCGGGCACUCCAGCAGCGGAAGCCGCUUUCCCCGCGGGUCCAUCUUCGGAUGUGGGCAUGGCAUCGGAAGAACCGAAAACAGCCGCGGCAGCAGGCAUUGCUCCAGCUUCGGCAGUUACUUACACUUGUCCGCUGGCAUGUCCGACCUCACCGGUGCUAAUGCCGUCGUCUUUAGAAACAGCGAAGACGGAAGCAACAGGCAAUACUCUCCCGACCCAGCCGGCGGCUCAAGGUUCUUCACAGGCCUGUUCGACCUCGCCAGUUGCGGACACGAAACCGCCAAGAAUAGCAGCCGCUGAAGCUGCACCUACGAAACAAGGAGUAGCACCAGCGUUGCUAGCGGCUCAAGGUGCUUGCCCCGUGAGUGUGAGCUUAUCAGGAGAAAAUGCUCCCUUGACCGUUGUAGCCGCCUCGGAGACGAGGGUACCACCGACGUCAACAGUUUCUGUGGCUUCACCGACGGUGCACGACCCCCCAACUCGCGACCUGGUUCAACCGCCGUCUCCACAUGAUGGUGUAAACAGCGCCACGUCACUUGCGACCCCAGCUGCGGCCACGGUUUUGGUAGAGAAAACAGCAUCCCCUUCAGAACCUGCAACACGCACCGGCGACCCCAUGACGCCGGCGGGAGGGGCCGAGACCGUCGCUGCUCGCAGUCAGACUCAGGCUGUUGGCGCCGUCUCUCUUGGCAUGACGGAAGCGGCGACAACGGCUCUGUCGGAAGAAGCGGAGUCUCCAUUAGAACCUGGGGAGAUAAGAUUAGAUUGGCCACUGGCGGUGGGAUUGACGGCGAACAGCGCAUCUGGCGGCGAGACUGAAAGUGUCAAUCCAAUCUCUCCUAGUAAGGCUGUAGCGCCGACCACGGUUUUGCCCGCAGGAUCGCUUUCUUCGGCAGAGCCCGCUCUAAACAGUAUUAAGUUUACGGUGGCGGCGGGCGGGGCCGAGAUCAUGGCUGCUGGCAAUCAGACUCAAGCUGCUGUCGCCACGUCUCUUGCUACGACAACAUCAUCUCGUGCAGAGCCUGCCGAGCAUGUCGACCAGACGACGGGACCUGUGAGAGGGGGCGAGUUCAUUGCUGCUGACAGUCAGGCUCACGAUGCUAGCGCCACGCCUCUCAGCACGACGGAAGCGGAGGCCACGGCACUAUCGAAAGGAGGGCCGUCUCCCCCAGAGCCGGCGAAGAGAAUGGCAGCGUCGACGUCGGCGACGGGAUUGACCGAGAGUGUUGCUCCUGCCGACAACCUUCCGCGUGCUGACCCCGUGUCUCCUGCUGUGCCCGCGGUACAUGCCACAGAUUUGUGUGAGGUAAAACCAUCUCCUGCAGAGCCCGCCAAGCACGUCGACCACACGACCGCGCCGGUGGGAGGGGGUGCGUGCAUUGCUGCUGGCAGUCAGGCUCACGAUGCGGAUGCCACGUCUGCUGGUGCGGCCGAAGCGGCGGCCAUGGCAUUGCCGGAAGGAGUGCCGUCUCCUCCGGAGCCAGCGAAGACAACUGCAACAUCGACGUCGGCGGCAGGAAAGCCUUCUUCGUCAAAACCUUCGACGACGUCUACGCAGACGGCGACGGUGGCGGCGACGGUGGCGGGAGGCGACGAGUGCGUCGCUCCAGGUGGUAAAACACAUGCUGAUGCCACAGGCACAUCUGCUGCUACAGGCACAUCUUCGGCCACCGUUUUCUCCACUGGAUCGCCAUCUUCUUCGUCGGAGCCGGAACCUGCAAAAGCAAGCACGAACAAGGCUACCACGGCGGAGGUGGGCGAGCGCACCGCUCCUGGCGACGAGACUCAAGAUAAUGAUGCCAUAUCUGGUACGGCUGCCGGGUCCUCCGAGGCUUUCUCCGCAGAAGCGCCUUCUUCUUCAAAGCCCCCAAAAGCAAGAGCGAAGACGACGACGUCGGCGGGAGGGGUUGACACCAUCGCUCCCCGCACGGCGACGAAUGUGAAAGCCACGGGCGCAUCCACAGCAGUAUCGACGCCGACUUAUGCAGCCACUGCUUCAUCUGGAGAAAGUCCGAGGGUUUCAGAAUCGACGCAAGAAAUUGUGGAGACGACGGCUGCGGUAGAGGCGGUCGCGAGCAGCUCUUCCGGCGGACGGACCCAACCAGUGACGAAGAACAGCACCCCCGGCAACGAGACACAAGGUCCCGUCCCUACUCCUCCUGGCAUGGCGGUGGCCGUGGCGGCUGCUACCCCCCCUGAAGAAUCGCCCUCAUCUUGUGAGCCUGCCAAGAAAAGAGCGAAGACGACGACAGCAUCGGGGGUGAAGGCCGUCGCGUCUGGGACCGAUACUCCCAACGCCGCCGCGAAGGCUGCUGACGCAGGUGUGGUGACAGCUGCUUCGUCUCAAGAAAUGCUGCCGCCUCUAGAGCGUGUGGAGAUUGGUGCACGAAUGGCGGCGGCGGGCGGAACCGAUGGUGUCCCUUCUGGCAGCGAGACUCAAACUGCUGCAACCACCGACAGUCAAGGUGCUGACGCCACUCCUUUAUCCAGCGUGAGCUCCUCCUCGCUUGCCGGGGGUGAUCAAGUUGCAGAGGCCGCCACUGGCGCAAACUCUCAAGCCAGCGCCAACGUCGACGCAGGCCUUCGAAGAGGACCAGGGGGCGGGAAGAAGAUCUCAAUGGGGCCAACCCCUGCUUCUGCUGCCAACGCUAGUUCUUCAGUCACAGCUAAGGGUAGAGGUGGUGGCGGAAAGAAGAAGAGCAAACGGCGAGACUUUUCCGCCCCUCCACCGCCCCGGUCAAAGCCGCGCAGGGGGCAGUCCGAGUCUCCUGGCCCUGCUCACUCGGUGGAGGAGUACCUGGCCAACACCAAGAAAGGGACAGAGGCCGUGGCAUCGAUAAAGGAAGGGACAGUGUUCUGGAUCAAGUUUAGCGACACCAGGGAGGCGUGGGUGGAAUGCGCGGUGGUUUCAAAGGUUUAUCCAAGGAGCGCCGUUCCGUACGAGGUCACGUGGAGACCAUUCGAUAGCGGCGGGUGUGACCUCGCCCUCAACGCCAAGAAGAGGAUCGCUCUGACUCCAAGGCUGUUCGUGAGCAGCCCCGCUAAUCCCGAACCGGCCGGAGAAAACGACCCUCCGGCGGGUACAGCUCGUCAAGGAGGGUUUCAGCCGGCCCGCAAGAAGUUUAAGCUCACGGUGCCACCUAUCGGCAGCUGGUGCAUCGUUAAGCCAGACCGGCCAUGGGGACAGCUCGAGCCGUUUACGUACGAGUGACCCGAUGUAGAGUUGUUCGGGUGUGAUUUGACGAUAGUUUAACAGCGCCCUCCCUUGUUGCUGACAACGAAAUCCAUGUUGCUGUCUUCUUCUUGCGGCAAUAUCAUGCCUCGCAGAGGUUGGGAGAGAUAGAUAUGGUCUACAACGUGUGAUUACCUUUUUUGUGAUUGUCAAUGUAUAGGUCUGGGGGUGUGCUGAGGCGAGAGGGCGACCAGCCCAUCCUCCUUACCGAGGCAGGACUAGCUUUCAGCAGUAGGGCGUUGACCAAUAGACCCCAAAAGCUGUCGGCGCAGGUUGACCAUUUCACUUUCAUGAGAGGUCUCACACUAUGUACGUCUGCACUUGCACUCCUUUGGCUGUUCCUUGUCGUUCGGAGUCCCGGGCCUUGACGGCGAGAUUCCGCCAGUCUUACUACUGCUGAUGUUGUGGCUUGUCACAGAAUGCGGUACCUUAAUGGGAGUGCGUGGUGACCAGAUGUCUCUUCUGUCGGGCGGAGGCAAGCCCUGGUUGCACGUGCACGCGGGGUUGCUUGUGGAUUCUUGCGGUUGUUCAUUGCACCAUUGAAAGACGGCUGACAUGGGUGGCGACAGGAAUUGAGAUAUCGAUAUGUUGUUCAACACG